AUGAUUUUUUUCUUCUUUCUCCAUCGAAAAAAAAUCAAAAGUUUCCAAUUUCUCCGCUCGAAAAGUGAGUGUUUUCCUUUUUUCGAAAAAAAAGAGAGGAAAAGGAAAAUCGUCUUGUGUUUUUUCUCAAACAUUUUUGCAUAUUUGCUUUUUUUUCUCACUCUUAGCUUGUUUACACUCAAAAGUUCAUAUAGUCAUAUGACCUUGGGGUGAAUUACAACCCUAAGGUGAAAUAAUUUUCAUGCAUGACGCAUAAUUUUGAAUUGAAUUGAAAUGUUAUUUUCUUUUGAAUAAUUUAUAGAGUUUUUUCAGAGUUUUUUUUUCAAUGACUUUCGUUUUUUUUUUCAUUGGUGGUCCUUUUCAAAGUUUUUACGGCCCAUGAAUCAUUUUGUGCAAAGUUUGUCUUAACUGGUAUUAAAAAUCGGAAAUAAAAUUCACUAGAAAAUAGAAAAAAACUCUUUCGGCUAAAAUUGUAAUUUGACUGUACUAUAUUGUUGUUCAUGUUCAGAUCCAUAACAAUUCUGUGAGAAAUUUGAGCACUGUUCAAAGCUAUUUCUUGUGAAAAAUAAAGAAAAAGCUUCCAAUAAUCCUUUCCUCCCUAUUUCGCAAUAGUUGAGUCAACAAAAGAAAAGGGAGAAGAGUAUGCGCGCUCUAUCGCACACCACCAUUUAUUUUUAUUUUCAACUGACGAAUCACAUGCACGCAUCCAGCAUUUAAUUAAAGUCAAACGAUUUCCUUUUUUUGCGCUUCCUAUUUUUUUGUUUCUUCUUGAAUUUUUUGAUGAGUAAUCUAGCACUUUCUAUCUGUUAUCAUUGAUUGUGGAAAAACUUGUUUUUUAUUUAUAAAAAGUAUGUUUUUUUACGUAAAAAAAAACUAUUUCAGGAAAAAUGGAUGAAUCUUCGAGUGAAAAAUUACCCCUUGUACAUAAUGGUAAACCAGUUAUUGUUAAUAAUAAUUUAACAGAAACAGGCAUGUUAUUUUUAUUUAUUAGCGAUAAAAAUUUAGGAAAAAAACAAAAUUUUUCAGAUGAACUGACGAUUACUUCGCAGCCACUUGGAUUCAUUGAUCCCAGAGAAUUGGAAAAGUAUGAACAUCUAUAUAGAAUUAUAAAAUGAGCAAUAAUCAUGUAUUAUUUCAGCAUCGGCUGCUCUUUGAAACCUGACACUUCUGAUGGUUUCAUAAAUCGAUCCUAUUCGAAUCCGGAUAUGUUUGUGAUAAGUAAAAGACAACCUGUAAUUGAAGAACAAAAAAGUGAGUUCUUAUCAUUUUUCUCUAAUCACUCUCAAUUUUCUCAAAAAACAAAAACUAUGAUUUUGUUUUUCAGUUGAAAACGAGGAAAAAAACGAGAUGCCAUCAUCGAAUGAAGAUUUUGAGAUUGUUGAAAAUUCACCGAAAUCUGAAGAGAGUGGUAAGUGAUAUUCGAUCAUGCAGACCACCAAUGUUUAUUUUUCAGACUCAUUUUUAACUGAUAAUUUGUCGGCUGAUAAUUCGAGGAGGUCUAUGUGAGUUUUUUUUUCAAUGAAAAACGUUUAUCAUUUUUUCUAUUUCGGAUUAAAAAAUCAUUUUAAUGUUCAGAGACCAAUCGACACCAAAAACCGCAAGAACUACGCCAACAAAAAGAUUGACACCACGAGCAGAUUCGACAAUUAGGUUAGUUUUUUUUUUUGAAAACAGAGUGAAGGGAAGUCAACAAUUUUAUAAGCUAGUAUUUCAACUGAAAGUUUACUAUUUUGACAUUGUCUUUUAAUAUUGAAGGUAGUUUCAACAUGUAAGUUUCACUAUAUUCAAGUCAGCUUUACAUUUAAACAGAAAAAAGUCACAUUCAACUUUUUACAUUUUCUCAUAAAGUUAUUAUGAAACUUGUUUUUUAUCUGACGUUAAAUCAAAUGUCAAAAAGAUUGUAUCACUUUACUAAUUUGCGGAAUAAGUCUGAACCUCGACUGAAAAAUUUGGAGACCAAAAAAUGGGUUCAACUAUCCUGAAACGAGCAAAGACUAAUGUUCCACAUUUUUCCAGUUUCGAAAAUGUAGUAUCAUUGGUUCGAACAUUCCCAGCAAUCAUCAAUAAAUUGUUGAAAAAACCAUGGUAUGCAAAUCGAGUCGACGAAGUUUGUACAUUCCCCAGGGAUAUGCUCGCUCACUAUGUCGUCAGUUCUUUUUUUUCUGACCUAAAAAAGAAGAAACAAAUUAAUUUUUUUUCUUCAGCUUGUUCCAACUGAUGUGGAUAAUGAGAAAUUCUUGAUUGUUGAAUGGGAACAUGGAGAAAACGAACAACAACGUGAUGAAGUUUACCAUCUCACUUAUGCUCCUAAUGGAUUUCAUGUUAAUGAAGAAGAGCAAGAUGAGCCUAGAAAAGCAUUUUGUUUUAGUAUUUUAAGAGCAACGGAUAAAAGAGAUUUGAUGGAUUUAUUGCAUUUAUGUGAUAAGAAAUCUUAUUUAUUUGAGACUUUAGGUUGGUAAAAUGUCAUUUUUUCACAAUUCCGAGAGAUAUUCCUAAUUUUUUCAACUCAAAAAACUAAUCUAAACAAGAAACUAUUACAGAAUGUACCAGUAGUAGUGCCAAGGGAAAUAUAGAAGAACUUAUCUCACAAAUCCGAUCAAAACCACAUUAUCAGUUGAUUCAUAUUGCAAUCGCAUCAGAUCGUAUUGAUUUUUUCUCCGAUGAAUCGAUUUCAAGACUGAAUGAAAAAGAUGAGCCAUUUGAGAAGCAAUUGAGAUGUUUGUGUCAUACAGAAAAUUGUUAUCCGGUGCAUUUGGCGGUAGCUAUGAAUCGGGUGAAAAUUGUUGAAAGACUUUUGGAAAUUGAUCCAAAAUUGUUUGUUGCAACUGAUUCGUUGGGAAAUAAUGUUUGGCAUCACGUGAAUAGCAGUGCAUGUGCUCAGGUAAACUUUUCAAUUUUUUAGUGAGAAGAGGUUUUUAUUUUUAGAUAGAUGUACUCUAGACAAGAGUUUUUCUUGGUAAUUUGAUUUUUUGGGAGAAGUGGUUCUUCAAGUUAGGAGUUGAAAGUUUUUUUAUUAAUCAAAACUCAAAUUUCCAUUUUUAGAAAAUCUAGCACAUCUUACAAGUAAAUAUGUUUUUUCCAGAGCAUAUGGGAUAAAUGCCCUGAAACACAUCAAUAUAUUGACGAGAGAAAUAACGAGGGUCAAAGUCCAUUAUCAGAAGCUGUUUCGAGUGCAAAAGCUUUAGUAACUGCUUUUUUGAUCGGAAAAGGUGCCAAAUUUGGAAGAGGCGAUAGAAAUGAAUUGUUUUUGGCUAUGAUUUCAAAAAAUGCACAAAGGUAACGCUAUCAAUGAUAAUUAAAAAGUAAGAUUCAAAAUAUUACUUUCAGCGUUGUUGAAGUUGUGCUAACCGAUAAACCAGAAAUUGUUCAUGAACGUGAUUCUCUUGGAAACAGUCCAAUUCAUAUUGCGUGUUACAAAGAAUCGUUGAACGCUUUGCUGAACAAAAAACAUGAAUUAGGUUUGGAUGUGAAUCUAAAAAAUAAAGCUGGAGAAACUUCUUUAUUGGUAUAUAUGAGCUCCAGAAAACCAGAUUUGCUACCGUUGUUAGUUACGUUAUAUUCACACGGAGCUGAUUUGAAUGCUAGCGAUCCACAUGGAAAUACAGCGCUUCAUAAAGCUGCUGCUCUUGUUGAUGCAAAAAAAAUCAGCAUGGAUGUGAGUUAUGUGAGAUAAUUUUUGUAAGAAAAUAUUAUUUUUCAGUGCGUGAAGUUUUUGAUUGCUGCUGGCUCUGAUCCAAACAAAUUGAAUGAUCGUGGUGAAUCUCCAAGACACGUUGCUGCUUGUAUACAAAAGUGAGUUGAUGGGAAUUUGAAAAACAUUUUUCAGAAUCCGACGAUGAAAUCCCGAUCUUAAAAAUUAUAUUUUUCAGCAAUGACAUGCUGAAUGUUCUCAAAGCAGCUGGAGCUUCACGUUGUAUACGCGGAUAUCGAGGAUGUCGAAACGAUUGUCGAUAUCAAGCAUUUGACAAUGUAUUAACCGAACAUGAGGAUUUUCUAGCCACUAUCACAAUUGGCGUCGAAGAAGACUAUGAGAAAACUGAACUGAAUCCAUGUGAAAAAUUAAACAUCCAGAGAGUAUUGGAGUCACCAAAAAAGGGCAAAAAAGCUCGGAUCAAUUUGAUUUCUCUAGAUGGAGGUGGUAUUCGAGGACUUGUAAUUAUUCAAACUCUUAUUGCAAUCGAAAAAGUGUUGAAAGAGGAUAUUUUCAAGUAUUUCGAUUGGUCCGCUGGAACUUCAACAGGAUCUUUGAUUAUGGCUGGAUUGGCAAGAGGCAAGACUCUACGACAAAUGCAGCAAACUUAUUUGAUGUUGAAAGAUCGAGUUUUUGAUGGAUAUAUUCCACCAUAUGACACACUUCAAUUAGAAAAGUUCAUACAAGAUGAAUUUGGAUUGGAGGCAGUUUCAGAUAUCAAAUACCCAAGAUUGAUGAUUAGUGCGGUGAAUUCUGAAAAAAUGCCGGUUCGUCUAGAGAUGGCCAGAAAUUACAAGCCAACAGAUGUCACUGCAAAUGAGACACCAAAAGAUAUGCCGUUAUGGAUGGCACUUCGGAGAAGUACGGCUGCGCCAGUUCUGUUCAAACCAUCUGAAGAUCGUUAUAUUGACGGAGGAAUUAUUUCGAAUAAUCCGGCUCUUGAUUUACUUGGAGAAGUUCAUGGUUAUAAUCGGAGUCUACAAUUGGCUGGAAAACGCAGUGAAAAUGUUGAGAUAAAUUGUAUUGUGUCGUUGGGAACUGGCCAAAUACCGUGCACACCAAUCGAUACUUUAUCGAUUGAUAGUAAUUCGCCGUUGCAAUCGAUAAAGACAAUCAAGAAUUUGGCAUCCAUGUUUAUUGAUCAGGCAACAGCAUCUGAAGGUGCACCAGUUGCGAGAUGUCGACAAUGGGCUGAUUCAUUGGAAACACCGUUUUUCCGAUUCUCCGCUCCCCUUUCAAAAGUUUGUUUUUCAAUAUUAUGAAAAUCCACCUCAUCGGAAACAUCUCAAUUUUCAGAAUAUCUUCCUCUCAUCAACCAGUGAUCUUGAAAUUUGCACAAUGAUGUGGGAUACAUAUAUCUAUUGUCAAAAACAUCAAGAAUAUAUUGAACAUUUGGUAGAAGUUCUACGACAUGAUGCUGAUCAUCCACUUCAAAACAAUCCAUUUUUAGAGCUGUAA